GUUCCGUUUCUCCUCUGUGCCUCGACCAUUAGGGGGUUCGGGUGUCGGACUGCGAUGCCCUAAAUAUGAUCAAAAUAUUGUCUUUGACCAAUGAAGUUGUGGCUUGUGGGAAACCCCGAAAAUUAUGCGAAAAUCAGAUUCUUAUUUUUGACCAUUAUAUAGUGAGAUUUUCGUAUUAGUAUGAUCUCUUUUCAAAAAUGAACAUAGAAAGUGCUGCAGUAAACAUUUUGAAACGGGGAGUGGAGUUGGAUACUAAGAAACGUUAUACGGAAGCUCUUGUGUGUUAUCAGGAAGGCUUGCAAGUAUUAGUUGAUAAGAUGAGAGGUGAAAAUGAUGAAACAAACAAGAAUUAUUUAAGGAAAAAAGUUGAAGAGUACAUGAACAGAGCUGAAGCUAUAAAGAAGCUAGUAUUAAAACAGAAGGAAGAAGGAAAGUUUCAUGAACAGGUGCAUAUAGAGAAUGAAUCUACAGGCCACGGGUAUAAGACACUGUUUGGGAGAUUUCUUGAUGAAGAAGUUGAGUUUGUUGUUAUUGAAGACCCUUAUGUUAGAAGUUUUCAUCAGUGUCAGAACUUCCUCCGCCUAUGCGAAUUAUUAGUGAAGUCAUGUGAUAAUUUAAGUCAAAUAAAAUUAACAACAACCAAAGACGCAAAAUCUCAAGCUAAUCAGAAAGAAUGGUUCUAUAAUUUAACAAAUGACCUACAGAAGUAUGGAGUAAGACUCCUAGUCAUCUACUCUGAUACACUGCAUGAUAGGCAAAUAAUAUUAAGCUCAGGAUGGAUAAUCAAAAUAGGCAGAGGUCUUGAUUUCUACAAGGCACCAAGCAAUAAGUUCUGCCUCGGCAUAUAUGACCUGGACUUACGACAGUGCCACGAGACAAUUGUUGACAUAGUGCAUUCAAAGAAUGUCAAGCUGUCAUAACUGAUAACCUUGGAAUUUUAUGGAUUUUUUAUAUUUUUACCUACAACUUAAAAAGGCCUUUUGUGCGGAGACCAUUAUGAAGUUUUGAAAAUAUUGACGAUGUGAUUAAAGACAAAUAAAAGAAUAUAUGUUUAUAA